GAAAAGUUAAAGAAGAUUCAGCUCCAAAGAUCUCACUAGUUACAGUAGAAGUAUCUAAGGAACCUAGUAAACCUGAAGUUCAUGUUGGUGAUGUCAUUAAGACUCAAGUUCCAGAGAAAGAACCUGCUCCAGUAGAAAAGUCGAAAAAGAUUGGUAUAAAAGUAAAAAGGCUAUCUACUGUUAGUAUGAUUAAUGUUCAUGAUAAAAAUAAGAAAGUAGUAGAAGAAAUAUCUAACUUUCCUUUUGAAGAUAACCAAAAGGUUAGAGUCCUGGUGAAAUUCAGAAAACUUCUUUUUCAACCUUUUGAAAGUGAUAGACUGGUAAUUGUAGAAAGUCUGAAAGACCCAGAUGAAGAGAACGGAACUGAAUCUAAUACUGAAAAUGAAGAAGAAUUUCAAGAAGAAGAAUUAGAUAAAUAA